AUGUUUGCUGGCGUCGGGUUCAUCAUCAGCAGUUUCGACCGCGACACAAAGUUUUUAACCGACAAUGGUGGAAUCAUUUUCCCCUCGUGGUUAGACGCCUUUCGCUUUGAUGGCGUGAUCGAAAAGGUCAAAGGUGGCCCGACGCGGGCAAAACGAUGGACUCGCGGGAUGUCGACGGGCCGUGGUCGUAACAAGAUGUCCCCAUCUGCACCCGUGACGUGGAUUGGUGGCGAUUUUGACGUGACGGUACGGACGAUGUUUGUCAUCGCUGGGAAGUGCGCUAUGACGCCAAAGUACCUUAUGGCACUUGCGUUGGGUAUACCUAUCGUUUCACCCAAAUGGCUUGAUGAAUGCAAGGAAACGAGCUCUCGUGUCAACUGGCUUCCUUAUCUCCUCCCGGCUCACCCACAAAACAGUCCGCUCAGCAUCGUGUCGAGCUUGCCUUACCAAACACCAGAUCCACUCUGGGGGUCACCUAUGUAUGAUGCCAGUAUCCUUCAGAACCUUCUCGCGCAUGGACCUUUGCAUCAUCGGCGUAUUCUGGCGGACAAGCCGAGCGUUUUAUUCGUCGCUGCGGACUGUAUUACCAAGAUCGAGGCGGAUUUGGACGCCAUCAAGAAAGAUGCGUACGAACGCCCGAAGGAUCCGUCCUGCGAAUUUCCCUUUGUCUAUUGUUGUCUGGCCAUGGGCGCUCAGCAAAUCGAGGCAGUGGAAAAGUAUGAUCACGCAACUGAUCCGACGCUACUCAAGUAUAAUGUCGUUGUCCUGGCUGACGAGCUUCAUGGGCCCAAAGCAAAGGAGAAUAUCCUGCUGGCCAGCCUGCCGAAGACGCUCGUCGAAGCGGCGAAGAGCGGUGUUCAAGUUCUCAAUCAGACCGACUUUAAGAUGAGCCUUGCCUGCGGCAAGCUGCUUACCGUCUCUCGUCGUCCAAACCAUCACGUUUCGGCCACUAUCUAG